AUGAAGUUGGAUGGAAUUCAGGGAUUGCUUAAGGCACCUGGGCCAGACAUUACAGGCCCCUCCACCAAACCUCUCCCACACAGCCUCGUGCAUCGGCUGGACGGGGCUGCUCUCGCCCGCCUCGCGUUUUCUUUUUCAACCCUGUGUGCUGGGCUAAGCCGCUUCCGCUCCCGAGCGCCGGCCCAGCGGCCUGCGGAAGGCGCCAUGCCUUUGCUCCGGCGCUUGGAGCGGCUCCCUCGGCUGGAGGGUUGGGCGGCGGCAGCGGCCGCCUGCCGGCUACGGAAGACGCACUCCUCGGUCAAGGGCCAGUUGGAAACAGAAUCAGAAGCAAAGCUUCAAAAGCAAAUAUGCCAAGUUGUUCUCGAACAUUUUGAGAAAGAAUACUCCAAGGAGUUGGGAGAAGAAUGGAACUCAGUCAGGGAAGUGCUUACGACUCCCCAGUGGUGGCAGUACGCCGUCCUCCUUAAUAAAUUCAAUUUUUCCUCUGAAGUGGAGAAUGAUUUGCGUUCGAAGGGCUAUCACCUCCUUUUCCCAAGAAGCACGUCCUGUUUUCAGCAGUCAUUCAAGUGCUACGUCAGUAGGACUCCUGGUAGAUUCCCUGCUCAGAAACACAGAGCUGGUAAACUGAAGGAAUAUUACCUGCUGAAUGCGGCAUCAGUGCUUUCAGUGCUGGCCCUGGAAGUAGAGAAAGGAGAGAAGGUUUUGGAUAUGUGCUCUGCUCCGGGGGGUAAAUCGAUAGCAACGCUUCAGUAUGCUUGGCCAGGGCUUUUGCAUUGCAAUGAAUACGAUCAUUUGAGAUCACGAUGGCUGAAGCAGACCCUAGAAUCCUUCAUCCCAGAAUCAUUGAUGCACCUGGUCACUCUUUCUCAGUUGGACGGAAGACAAAUUGGAAACCUGCAGCCUGGAGGAUUUGACAAGGUACUAGUGGAUGCUCCUUGCUCAAAUGAUAGAAGUUGGUUAUUUUCUUCUAAUACUCAGCAGGCUACUCUGCGAUUAGCACAAAGGAAGGUGUUAUCUGCUGUACAGAUAGAGCUGCUAAGGUCUGCGAUUAAAGCCUUGCGUCCUGGCGGAUCCCUGGUUUAUUCCACAUGCACUCUUUCCAAGGCAGAGAACAGUGACGUUGUAACUCACAUCCUUGACUCCUGCAACAACGUUCUGCCCAUGGACCUGCACACCCUGGCCAGUUCUGCAUCCCACGAGUUCACUUUUGCUUCAGGUGUCCAGCAGCAUGAACUUCUAGUACUUCCAGAAAGGGGGAAAGCAUGGGGACCAAUGUAUAUAUCUAAAUUAAAGAAAAUAUGAUUGACA